GCAGGUCCCAAAACUGGAAACUCAUUCAGUCCCUUCUGAAUGGAGUGUCUUUAACGUGAGAGUGGAGGACUUAACUUUCAGCACGUAAAUAUGAGAGCCCUACAUUUGGUCCUGGUUGGUGGCUUCUUGACCCUGCUGUUCUGCCUCCCCAGUCCCGGCCAUGGAGAAUCCUACUUUGGUGACAGCUUCUGCAGUUUGCAAGCCUUCCAAGAUGUCUCCACCUUUCACCUGUCACUACAGAUCAAGACAAGUCGGCGAAGCGGGCUGCUGUUACUGGCUGCAGGAAUGGAAGACUACCUGUUUCUUGAGCUCCAAAAUGGAAAAAUACAGGCACGGAUGAACAUGGGGGCUGGCGAGGUAACACUGUCCUCAUCCCAAGGAGUACAGCUGAACAACCUUCUGGACCACAAAAUCUCACUCACUCUGCAAGAUGGAAAACUCACCAUGACAAUUGAUGAGCUCUUCCCAACAUAUGUUCCUGUGAAUGAUGACGAGGAACAGCUCAAUAUUGACCUGGGCAUAUGGCUUGGAGGAACAGGAGACCUGGAUGCUCCCUACUUGAGCAAUGCCAUUCCCCCUUUCCGUGGCUGCAUGACUCACAUCAAAUUUGAGUCCCAUCAAUUUGAUAUUCUCAGCACAGCAUUUAAACAAUGCCACGACACAAAGGAAUCUUGCAGCAGUGAGUUUGAGGCUGGUGAUGGAGAGGCAACUAGUUUCAGUACUCCUGAUUCCUUUAUGUCCUUCCCCACCUGGAGUGGUGCUAGUGGUGCUCCAAGGGUCUUAGAGGUCUUAAUGAAAACCACCAUUGAGGACGCUUUACUUGUUUUCCACCCUGGCCAAGAGUCAGACUUCAUUGCUAUUGGCGUUGUGAAAGGCUACCUCAAAGGUAUGCUGGACCUCGGCAGUGGCAUAAAGGUACUCGAGAAUAACCAGGUGCAGAUGGAUGAUGAUCAGUGGCAUAGAGUUAAGGUUCAAGUCAGUCAAGAUUCUUUUGUCAUUAAUGUGGACAGCCAAUCUUCCUCUCUCCCUCUUGAUCCGUCACAAAAAUUGGACUUGGCUGGAAACUUGUAUUUAGGAGGCAUCCAGGGGAAAAUGAAAGAUGUCUUUCGUGACAGCGGGUCCUUAAACCAUGUAGAGGAGGUGAUGACAGCUGAAUCCUUCAUUGGUUGCUUGGGGGAAAUCAAAGUAAAUCAGAAGGAUAGAAGCCUGCAGGACGCUCUGGUGACCAAAGAUGUUCACGUUAAAUGUGAAGGAGAGGACUAUGACUACUCAAGUUACUAUGACAUAGACGCAACUACAACUUCUCCACCUGUUCGCAUCACGUAUGCUGAUAGGGACUUGUUUGAACAGCAUUGUGACACAACAGAUGACACACCAGAAAUAUUCAAAAAUGUAAAAAAACUUCUUGAUGUUAACCCAUUGCUUGUGCCUGAAGGAGGGGAAGUUUUUGUUGAUAUCAGCAAACUAAGCCCUACAUUUGACCUCAGUGCUGCAGGAAUGCGUCAGUCUGAAAUAAUCUUCACUCUCCGGAAUGAACCCUACUAUGGCUUGCUUGAUAUAAACACUAACACAAGACGCACACAAAAGUUCACUCUUCUCGAUGUUGUCAAUAGGAAAAUUAAGUAUAUGCACGAUGGAAACGAGAGGCAUCCAGAUCAAAUCCAGCUACAGGUGGUUGCUAACAGUAAUAGCUACCUUCCAGAAUGUCUAAAAACUCCUCAUGAGUAUGUCCUCCCAGUUGAAAUUAUUCCCGUCAAUGAUAUACCACAACUUGGUGGAGGAGAAAUUACCAUCACAGAAAAUGGCAGGACUCGUUUAAGUCCCAGCCUUAUUAAAAUCAUGGAUUCUGACACCCGCUGUGAUGAAUUAGUAGUAACUGUAACCUCAGAGCCUUCCAUGGAAGUUGGUUACUUGGAAAACGGUCAACAGCCAGGAAGAAGUAUCUCAGAGUUCACUUGCAGGGAGUUGAAAGAUGGAAAUAUCUAUUUUGUACACAGAGGUGGUAGUGCUGCUGGAAUUACCUUGGAGGUGUCUGAUGGACAGUCAGUGAGUCAUUCAACUACUUUUAAGUUAUCUGUGACACAGCCACAUGUAACUAUUGUCACCAACACUGGUCUUUUCUUAUCCCAAGGAAGUAACGCAUCCAUAGGUGUUCAAAAUCUGGCUGUCCUCGCUCAUCCUCGUAAUGGAGAUAUUGUGUAUAACAUCACACAACCUCUGAUAUAUGGAGAACUACAGAUAAUGAAGAGUGAUGGAAUGUACAAGCAGGUUAAAACUUUCCAUCAAUCUGAUCUGGAUCAAAACCACCUUAGAUAUGUCAGCACAGAUUCUAGCGACCAAGAAGAUGUUGUGGUCGAGCGGAUUCAGUUCAAUGUCCACUUGGGGCAGUUCUCCCUCUGGAAUAACACCUUCUUAGUCAAGAUCAUGCCUGCACAAGUGAAAGUUUCUAACAUAGUUGCAUUGGAGAUACAGCCUGGUGAAGAGCAAACAAUUGGACUCACAGAGCUUCAAGCCAAAGUAAAUGGGAAAAACCCAGAUCCACAAACUGUAAAAUACAUCCUUGUCAAGCCUCCAACAUUUGGUAGUCUCCAGAUGUUAAACAGAGAGUUGGUUGAGGGAGACGUCUUCACACAGAAGGACAUAAUGGACCAUACUGUUAGUUACACGGUACGUGAGCAACGAGCUAUAGAUAGUACAGACCAGUUCCAGUUCAGAGUCCUUGCUGAUGAUCAGUACUCCCCUCUAUACACCUUCCCUAUUAACAUCCUCGCCAAUGCAGAUGCUCCUGUUUUGACCAAUGAAAGGCUGGUUGUCUUGCAGGGUGGUGAAUAUACUAUCAACAAAAACUAUCUUUGGAUGCAGUCUCCAGAUUCUACAGAUUUUGUGUACCAGGUCACACAAGAGCCAAAAUAUGGCCGACUGAUAAGGGACACCCCACCCGGGCUGCCUAGAUUUGAGGGGGCAAUAAGAGUAUUCAGCAAUGAAGACCUCCAGCUUGACAGGCUUAUUUACAAGCAUGAUGGCUCCAAGACAAGCAGUGAUGAGUUUCAUUUUUCAGCAUUUAAUCAAGUAGCAGGAAGUCAAGACAAUCAGGAAACAGUGAACAGUGUUUUCAGAAUUUCUAUCCAAUCUAAGAAUGAGCAUGCUCCUGUGAGGGUUGUGGAUAAAGUCUUCAAUGUAGUCCGCCACGGUCAGCGCCUGCUAACAACUGAUGUCAUCCAGUUUAAGGAUGAUGACUCAGGUUUCAAUGACACCCAAAUUGUUUAUGCUCGCGAGGGAAUCCUUUCCGGCAAUAUUGUCUCAACAUCUAAUCCUUCACAGUCCCUUUUCCGUUUCACACAAGCCGAUCUGCAAGAUAAGAACAUCCUCUUCAUUCACCACGGAGCAGACCGUGAACGCUUCUCACUGCAGGUGUCAGAUGGCUUCCACAAAACUACUGCACUGCUUCAGAUCCAGGCAGGUGAACCAUACCUGCAAGUAGUAAACAACACCAUCAUUGUCAUCAACCAUGGAAGCACCAAAACCCUUAACACUACCCUUUUGAGCGCUGACUCCAACAUGGACAUCAGAGACGACAGUGAGAUCAAGUUCCAGGUCACAUCGCCACCCAGUGAUGGCAGGAUUAUUGUGAGUGGGAUUGAGGCUACAGUGUUCACUCAGGAGGACCUGAAAAAAGGUGUUGUGUCAUAUGAGCAUAAUUAUGAGAGUCUGAGGUCCAAGGACUCCUUCGGCUUCACCGUUCAAGCAAGAGGACAUUCUGCAGAGGGCACAUUCAGGAUUAAAAUAUUCAAGCAAGGUUACCUCUCUGAGCCUGAGGUGCUAACAAACGAGGUCAUCAUUUCCUUUGAGGGAGAACACACCAUAAUCAACCAGAAUAUUCUCAAGGUGGACCAAGCUGAUAUUCUGCCUACAGAAAUGGUGUUCACCAUUAAAGAGCCUCCUCGUCUCGGUCAUGUGGUCAAGCUGACAAACAGUUCAGACAGCACAGCCUCGCCUGUCCUCGACUACAUUCACUCCUUCACACAGGAGGACAUUAAUCAGGGGCGCAUUCUCUAUGUGUCUGCAUCCAUCCAGGGCAAUGACGUCUUCACAGUAGAUGUCAGUAAUGGUUUUACAACAGUGGAGGACCUGCACAUCUCUGUGGAGAUCGUGCCCCAGCUCAUCCCCAUUCAGACCUUCAACUUUACAGUGAAGGAAGGCCUCAGCAGGCCAAUUAACGCAGAGAUUGUUAACAUCUCACAUCCCUUCUACAGCUCAGCAAACAUCGAAUUCGUUGUGGAAGAGUCACCACAGCACGGGGACAUCCGCUACCUGGAUGGAGACGAACUUUCUUACUUUUCAUGGGAAGAGAUGAAACUUGGACACAUCUACUACAUGCAUGACAGCACCGAGAGCACUGAGGACAGUUUUACACUCUCUGCCUCGGCUUAUGAGAUUGAUCGCCGGAGCCUGCAUGUCACUAUCUCAGUGACUGUCAUACCAGUCAAUGAUGAGCCGCCAAAACUGACACGUAACACAGGACUGGAGGUUCUUGCCGGAGAGGAAGCUGAUAUCACCUCCAGCAUGCUGAAUACUGAUGACGCUGAUACCCCUGCAGAAGAACUGGUUUACCACGUUGAGGUGCCAACAAAUGGGAUGGUGGCAUUGAAGGAGGCGCCCGAGGAGGGCGUCCUAAAUUUCACACAGUCUCAAAUAAACAAAGGGGAGGUCAUCUUCAUUCACGAGGGUGAGGAGUCUGGUGGUUUCAGUUUCACCGUGACAGAUGGAGAGCACACAUCUCCUCUCUACCGAUUUGUUGUCACAGCCAGGCCUCUCACCAUCACCAUGGUAACGCAGGAGGAGCUCGUGGUAUUUCCAGGAACAAGGCAGCCUAUCACAAGUGCCAAUCUGGGGGCUGUAACCAAUGAGGAUGGAAAUGAGAUAAACUACUCACUUACCCGCCCACCUCGUUUAGGAAGACUCAUCCUGGCCAAUGACAGGAAUCAGUAUGAGGAAAUUACUCGUUUUUCACAAACACAGCUUGAGUCAGGAGCAGUCUACUAUGAGCACCAGAUACCUGAGGAGCCUUUUUGGGUGGCAAGGGAUGCUGUAGAGUUUACUCUGUCAUCCCAACCAGCCCCAGAUGUCCGUCACAUCCUGCCCAUUACCAUCUCUUACUAUGCUGCUCACAGCAACAUCUCCUCACAGCUGUGGAAGAACAAAGCUCUGGACAUUGUGCAAGGACAGAGGAAAGCCAUUGACGAUUCAAUUCUUGACGCUUCCAACCUUCUGACUAGCCUACCUGAAGUUCAGCGAGGUGCUAUGAAUGUGGUUUUUGAGAUUAAGCGUUUCCCUGACCAUGGUCGUAUCACCCUGAGUGGUCAGGACCUGCCACGUAAUGCCCCAUUCUUCACUCAGCAAGAUGUAGCUCACGGAUACCUGGAGUAUCUCCAUGAUGACUCAGGGGCAUCUUUUGACAGCUUCUCUUUCAGGGCCCGUCUAAAGUCGGAAAAUCAUGGUGUGACCUCACCUGCCGAAUCUGUAGUCCUGGAAGAGAUCUUUAACAUCUCAGUCAAACGGCGUGGCUCUGACCCCCCUGAACUAGUCACUAUAGACAUGCUCUUGGAGGUUCUUCAAGGUUCUAUGACCAUCUUGACCCAGAAGCAUCUUAACACUCAAGACGAGGACAGUCCGCCAGAUGAGGUGCACUUUAAAGUGACCAAAGCUCCUGGUAACGGUCGACUUGUUGAUUCACAUACAAUGGACCCCAUUUCUGAGUUCACACAAGAGAUGGUCAAUCAUGGCCAGGUGGGCUUCUACAGUGAUGGCACCCUUGCUGAUGGAUUUGUGGAGUUCAUUGUGUCAGAUGAAGGACAUCAAACAGAGCCGCACACACUCCACAUCAGUGUCCUUGCUCGCACCCUGCUUCUUGACAAAGCCCCUGAGAUCAAGGUCAAGCAAGGCGAUGAUGAGACCCUGGUGACUGAGGAGAUGUUGAAAGCGACUACUGGGGGCCCUGUUGAGGAGGACAUCCUUUACAAGAUCACAAGUGUUCCUAAAUAUGCAGCAGUUAUGGUAGACCGGCAGCCUACAUCCGCCUUCACCCAGAAACAGAUCAAAGAAGGCAGAGUCAGUGUCCGCUUUAUCAAGUCCACUUCACCUCGAGACAGCGUUGCAUUUGUAGCUCGUAGCCGUGCUGCUAAUGUCUCCUCUGUCCUUAACAUCACAGUCCAGCCUCUGGCCAACAUUGCCCAGAAUCCUCUCUUACCCAAAGGUGCUCUUAUACAACUGGACAGGAAGCUUCUGGAUGCAACUCCCUUGGCAAACAAGACCAGAACCUCCCCCACAUUCACUGUCAUCCAACAGCCAAGGGGGUCUCGUUUUGUGAAGUCUGGAGGUCCUAGUGCAGGCCAGCCAGUGAACACAUUCAGCCAGAACGACCUGGAUGAGGGCCGUGUCGCUAUGGAAAUCCUGAAUAGCUCUUCUGGAUCAAGAGGUAGUCUCACACAGGAUGAGGCCCGCUUCCUGCUCAAAGCUCAUGGGGUUCCUCCAGCAGAAUGUGUGCUUUCCUUCCAGACGGGCCCCUUCAAUGCCUCUGGGGUCUACCCUGCCACUCUGUUGAGGAUUCCCUCAGAAGCCCCAUCGAAGGACAGUAAUGAUCUACCUAUUGUGAAGUCCCCUCGUGCCACUCCAGCUAGCCCCCGCGACAGUGGCAACAUGGACUGGCCCAACCGAGAUGCUCCCACUACAACAUCUUCUGGCUCUAGCUCACAUGGGAAACCACAUGUUGCCCGGCGCAGCAACUUCUGGUCUAUUCUCAUCCCAAUCCUGGUAAUCCUCCUCCUCUUGCUUCUGGCAGCCGUGUUAGCCUACUACCUGAUCCGCAAAAACAAAACAGGCAAGCACAACGUCCAGACAGCAGCAUCCAAGCCCAAAAAUGGAGAAGUGGCCGGCACAGAAACCUUUCGCAAAACUGACCCAGCAAAUAACAUCCCCAUGUCCAACAUGGACUCCAAAGAUGCAGACCCGGAGUUGUUGCAGCACUGUCGGACAACAAACCCGGCCUUGAAAAAGAACCAGUACUGGGUCUGAGAAUAUUUGAGAUAGGACACAGAGAGAGGUGGAUUCUCAAGUUUUGGAAGCCUCCCCAAAUCUUUCCUCUCAGUAUUAAAGACCUCUCGCCACACCAGUUUAGAUGAAAAUAUUUUUUGAGACCAUUGGUUAUUUACUUAUCUCAACAUAACUAUGGACAAAAUCUCAGGCAAUAAAACACUGAAUACAUUGGCAAAGAAAGAGGCAGUUUCAUAUCUAAGGAGGUUCAUGCCAUGUCUAUUUAUUUUAGUUUAUCAUUCCUCUUUGUCAAAGGGCACAAAUGAAGACAUAAACAUGCCACGUGUUUGCAAAAAGUAUUUUGGGUGUGCUCUGUCAUUGUAUUCCAUAAGAUAUCAAAGGCCAUUAUUAUUAAUUUGAGUGGACAGGUAAUUUAAAGUCUUUGUAAUAGUUUGAUUUUAGUUUUUGGUUCAUCAGGAAAGUUGAUAAGCCUUGUGUAUAGACGAUGAGGUAAAUAUAUGCUGUAUUAUCGAGAAGAUGAAACACUGCCUUUUUGUGUUUUUUCUUUAUGUUGUUUUAAAGGUACCGUUGUAUUGUGUUUCUCAGGGCUAAAUUCAGUUUUAAGGAAUAGUACAUCAUUUUGUAAAAUAUGCUAAUUCACCUUUUUUCCAAGAGUUAGAUAAGGAGAUUGGUAUCACUCUUAUAUCUGUCUGUUAAAUAUGAAACUACAGCCAGUAGUUAGCUUAGCUGAACAUAAUGACUAAGGGGAAAUAGGUAGGUUUGGUUCUGUCCAAAGGAAAAAAAUAUCCACUUACCUCUAAAGUUCACAACCUACCAUGUUGUAUCUCUUUUGUAUAAUGCGUUCAAAAACCACAGUGUAAGAACAACAAGAUUUGGUUUUACGGUUGUUUAUUUGCCUACACAGUGACUUCCUGAAUCUGGCUGGCUAAAAACAAGUUAGCUGUUGGCCCUGUCUCCAGUCUUUAUGCUAAGCUAAGCUAAUGGUCCCCUGUCUGUGGUUUCAUAUUAAACAGACAAAUGUGUGAGUGGCAUUGAUCUUCCUCUUUGUACGAGAGAAUAAGCUUAGUUCCCAAAAUGUCAAAUUAUUACACUAAUGUCAUCAUGUGAUAACAUUUCAGUAGUUUGACUUUUGUUUGUUUAAUACUUAAAACUGUUUAAAAUAACAAACUUGUUGUGGCAACUUGCACAGGUUUCAUUGAAUUUAGCUCAGAGUCAUGUCAUCAUCUGUCAUAUGUUAUUAUUUCUGCACAUUUCCAAAGUGCUUGUAAAUAUUCAUUGGACUGGCACAGCACUGACCACAAAACUACACAGUACAUAGUUUGUAGAUCACAGGCAGGACAUUAUUUUGGUAGUAUUGGUGUUUAACACAUCUGUAUUGGCUGGCUAGGCAGGAGUGAAGUCAUCUCAAAGUGAGAUGUUUCCAAGUCUGCAAUUAAGAAUUCAUAAAAACUGGUUGGUGCUGGCUGGCAAAACUAAAUAAAAUGCUUCACUGGUUAGGUUGCAUUGAUUUAAAAUGAAGACAGUGGAAAACAACAGAGUUUGUUUUAAAGUUUUCAAAGCUAUUUUAGAUUUUAAGCAUUCCAUAUGUAAGCUGAAUAUAGAGGUUGUCAUAUAUUGAGAUAAUGACUUUUCUUUACUCUAGACUUGUUUUUUAUGUUGAAACUAAGAAGAGCAUUACUGUAAAUCAGACUCCUCUUGUUUCUCUUAAGACAUCUUAAAUGUCAAUCUGACCUGUGACGGUUAUCUGGCUGUUGAAUGUUGAGUACGUACUUAAGGUGAAGUAGAAAGUGUGAAAUGAGAGAAUCAGAUGAUUUCUUUUUGAUACACUAAAGAAAGGAAGGACUCAAACAACUAUUUUUCUUUUUGAAAACUGACUAUUUGCUGUAAAUUUCUUUUCUCAUACUGUAUACCGAUGACACCUUAUUCUCCGUUAGUCAUAUACUGAAUAUACAAUAAUUUCUUUGCAGUAUCCAUCUUUUAUUGAUCUUAUAUUUUUGUAGUGUUUUAAGAGCAGGAAAUGUAGGUAGAGAUUUUACAGACAGCACAGAGCUCAGGAAAUUUCCUGUGACAUUAUCUCUUAAAGAUAGCUGAAAUAAAAUGAUUGGUUCCACCUUCAGGAUAUCCACAUCUUACCAGUUUUAUGUGUACAUUUUAUGUAUGUUUUAAGAGUAAGAUUUUUGGGCUUCAUUAACAUCUCGAAAUAUAUAUAUAUCAUGUUUUGCAUUGAAGAUAUAUGUACAUGUAACUACAUUUAAUUAGACUGAUGAACAACAAAGUAUGCCUGAGUGUGUGUGUCUCUGUGUAUGAGAGUGUGUUUGUGUGGGAGCCCAUCACUCCACUCUGUCACUUGUCUGUUUCCUGCUUACUGAAGGCUGAGUUCAUUGCAGAGUUUCAUCACCAUCCCCUCUUUUCAUUAUUUAUUAUUUCUGUCCCCAGAAAUACUUCCCAUACAUGAAUUCAUACAUAGACAUUAUGUGCUUUGUCAGAGCUUAAACUGUAAUGCGUAAACUGCAGGUGCCUUUAAAAAAUAAUGGUAAUACAAAGCAAUGUUUAAAUUCUGGAAUAGGAGAAAUGUCUAUUGCUGCAGUAUGCCUGUGAGCUUGUUCUCGGCACUAAUAGAAAUAAAAAAUGUUCAUGCAACAAAAUCUGUGUUGUUGUU